AUGGCGCUCACCUCACAUCAAGGCCUCAGGGCCUUUGCACUUAGCAUCAUAUUUACGACCUUAGCAACAAUUUUCACCGCUGCUCGUAUGUACACUCGAGCUGUAAUUGUGGGGAAAGUUGGCGCCGACGACUAUUUGAUUCUGAUUUCCCUACUUUGUUCAUGGGUCUUCUUUGGCCUGAUUAUUGGAGAGACUUAUAAUGGUUCAGGUGUACACAUGACAGAUAUCCCAAAGGAGAUAUUCAUUAGACAGAUGAAGUGCUUUUAUGUAUCGAUUCCGAUCUACACAGCUGGUCUUAACUGUGCCAAAGUUUCGAUCAUCCUCUUAUAUCGACGUAUAUUUGCAACACCCAAAAUGCGCCUGGCAUGUAAUAUACUUCUCGUCAUUUUGGUCAUAUAUGCAACAUUAAUGUUUGCCCUAUGUUGGGCCACCUGUGUUCCAGUCUCCAAAUGGUGGGGUAACCCCGUCCCCGGAUUCUGCUUUAAUAAGCCGGCCUUGUGGUUCUCGAACUUGGCAAUCAAUAUCACAAUUGAUCUGCUCCUUUUGAUACUUCCCAUACCUCCGCUUAUAUCUUUACAAUUGCCAAUUCCACAAAAGCUGAGCAUCAUGGCUCUCUUUGCUGUGGGUAAUGAUAACACCAAUGCCGCAAGAUGGUCCACCAUCGAAUGCAACGUAGCAAUCAUAUGCGCUGAUCUACCCAGUUUAAGACCAUUGCUGUCUAAAUUGCUACCUCGCAUUUUCCCCGCCAGUGAGUUCAACACAGCUACUCAAAGGAAUACGUCUGUCACUGCUUGCAGUUAUGCCUAUGCUUUAGAGAACCUAUCCUCCUCUUGCUUGUCGGGAUCUGAUAAGCAUCGAGUAGUGGAUGAUCAGCCUGCCUGA